GAGGACUUCUCCAUUUUGAAUGCUCGACAAUCUCCCUAAGCAGACGUCCAAAUGGCUGACACUCAUCUAGAAUACACCGUCAAUGUGGAUAUUGACGAUAUUACGUACACCGACACAGGAAAUUAAGAGGCCUAAGCAAAGAGCAGAAUGGUAUUUACUCACUCUGAUCUGAGAGGAGCAGCACAGAGACUCAGCUUUUAUGCUGUGAGCUUUCAACAUGCAGCGUGGCUUUAUGCAUUUGGAGAAGAGACGAAGAAGCCUCUAAAUAUCUUGCUGCAGAAAACAGCCUCCACUGCAGCAGCAUUUAUGAGAAUCAUCCUACACUGUCUUGUUUUUGUUUAAUGUCCUUGAGAAAUACCCAAAACUAAAAUCAUGAAUGAGACAGAAAACUGCAUCACCCCCUCUGCUGAGUACCAGUACUACUUCUUCCCAGCAGUCUACAUCUUUGCUUUAGUGGUUGGCCUCCCAGGAAACCUGUCUGCCUUCUUCGUCUUCGCCUUCAGGACCACUCCCCGCACCGCCUUCAGUGUCUUCAUCAGCAACCUGGCUCUGGCCGACAUCGUCAUCCUGUGCACUCUGCCCUUCAGGAUCCACUACCACCUCAAUGAAAACAACUGGAUCUUCGGGGACAUUGUGUGCCGUGUGACUGGGAUUCUGUUCUUCGCCAACAUCUACAUGAGCAUCUGCUUCAUGACGUGUAUCUGUGUGGAUCGCUACAUGGCCACAGUACAUCCACACACUUAUUUGCGGAUGAGGAGCCCUUGGUGCUCUCUGGUAGCCAGUGUGGUGCUCUGGUGUAUAGUCGGUGUGGCUAUGCUGGUCUUCGUCCUCAUGGGACCUCUGGAGACAAAUGAAGAUGCUUCUGGAAGCCACCGCUGCUUUGAGAACUUCGCCAAACAUGAGUGGAACACACGCUUGAGAGCGUACAGCCUACUUAGCUUGAUCAUCGGCUCCCUGCUGCCCUCCAUCAUCAUCCUGGUGUGUUACCCGCUGGCUGCCAGACGUAUCGCCAUGAUUAAGACCAAAACAGCACAAAAAGCGGUCAGGGUCAUCUACACCAUCCUGGCGAUAACGCUGCUCUGCUUCCUGCCAAACCAUGUAGUGUAUCUGCUUCACCUUCUUCGCCGCAUGGACGUUAUCAAGAGCUGCGCUGCAGCAAACGCCAUCUACCAGGCCAGGCGGGUCACCAUGGCGCUGGUCAUCCUCAACACAUGCCUGGACCCUGUGCUGUACUACAUCACCACCAAUCACUGCAAAUGGAAGAACUUUAAGUUGAAUUGUUCCUGGGGAAGAUUUAGAAGGCGAAGAGGGAUUUAUACUAUCUCAGCGAACUAA